UAUAACGUAGUCAUCGUUAUACUCCGAAAAUAAACUACUUACAUAUUGCUAUUAUAUGCUCUGAAUUCUCACUAAUGCAUCCGUUAAUUAUGACCAAGACUCAUUUUAAACAAUCCUGUACCUUCGAGGUAAACCAUAUUAUGAUUACUAUCGAUGAGUAGCAAUUGAUUUCGUCGACACGAGAGCUUCUAAAGGCAUUUUAUUGUUAUCACUUGCCAAUAAACGAUGGCUUCUUCUGAUCCCGGCUGCAACUGGGAUGGUGUGUUUGGCAUAACAAAUGGAACGGCAGCACCGGACGAUACAGCACAGACUAAUCCCAGUCAUUACGUGUAUUUAAUUGGAUAUCCUAUUCUGCUGUGUUGCUGCACAAUGGGGAGUUUAUUGAUAGUGGCUGCAUUACUAAAAGAUUCCAUUAAGACAUCUUCGACCGUUUAUUUAAUUUGUUUGGCUGUUAGUGACUUAUGUGUUCUAUGGUCCAUUCUCCCGGAUUACAUUGUCGAAGCGCAAGCGAAUCUUGGGAUGCUGAACGAAAACAGCUCCAUUGUGCACGAUUCCAUAUAUUACAAAGGUUUUGGCUCAUUUUGGGGCGAAACAGCAACACAGUUCUCCGACUGGACACUCAUAAUUUUCGCUGUCGAACGCUUAGUGGUUUCCCUAAGACCACUUCGUAGAAGAACGGUUCCCGACGGAUUUCGCAAAGCCAUUAUUGUGCAGGCCGUAGUCCUGUUUCUGGCGAUACUCUUUUCUCUCAGUUAUCUCGUGUGGUACUAUUACUACAUGUCGGUGGCUGAUACGUGCCUGGCUCCUACACUUCCGGAUGUUCUCCAGCUUUGUGCACCGGCUUUAUACCGCUGGUAUUUGUUGCAGACGGAUGCUGAGAUGGGAAUGUGGAUAGCCAAGUGGAUAUUAUUACUGAUAUUCGAUGUCAGCUUGAUGGCUGUUCUGUGGCUGCACUGGAACGCAAUGCGUCGACACUAUCCAGGAUUGCCGGUCACUGCAGCGCCGAUGACGACGACCACCAACGCCAACGCCACGGUCCCACGCAAUGCCAGCAUCAUCCUGGCUGGGAGUCUGACACUGUACACGGUGUCGCAGUUGCCCCUUGUCAUCCUCACCUGUCUGAAGAUCGCCCGUCGGCCACCGUAUUGCUCGUACAAUUUGACGCCGGAUGCCGAAAACCGCGCCACGCCGGUGGUAAAUAUUAUUAGCUGGAGUAACUACUGUAUGUCGUUCUUUGUCUACUGUCUGGUCAGCUCCAAAUUCCGCCGACAGUUUCGCAGUCUGUACAGGAGGACAUCAGAGCAGGCCUCGUAUUCUGCAUCAUCCAAGAGGAUGUCGGCAGCAACGGAAAUCAUCGUUCUUGAUACAACCCGAAGAGACUCCAACGAGCGUUUUAACCGGAUAAUGAGCAAACUUUGAUGGGCAUCGAUUGUAAUCUUGCUAACUGCACAAUGUUUUACAGUAUUAUGACUGUAAAAUCGGCAUAAACAGCCCGUUAACGGAACAGGAAUAAAUAAGCAUUCGGGCGCCUCUCCACCAAAACAUGCAAAACAACUUAUAUAACAUUCGCAACCGCAACUGUCUGCGAUCCGCUAGUCGAACGCGCGAUACCAUAAAUAAAAAUGCAGUUCUUAUUAAUUGUUCACUGUUUAUUGCUGGAUUUUUACUGAUACGUAUUCCGUUAUCAAUUGAAUGAAUAUUUUAGAGUUAAGUAUUUUAUGUCGUGGGAAGGUGUUAAAUGCUUUUAUGGUGACAGAUAUGAUUAAUAGCAGCGGUCAUCGCACCGUCCGAUGUCUGAAAGACCGCUGGAGAAAUAGGC